GUUUUCGAUUAGAUGAAUGACAUAUGACACAAAUGCCGUUGUUUAAGCUUCUAUCAAACAUUUCAUCUCACAAUUCUCCCUGAGAGUGGAGUGAUUCACAAACUCUCGUCGGUUCGAACGGAUCAAAAAGAACUCGUUCAAAAGAACGACUCGUUAGCGAAUCAGAUUUCACCACGGUUGAAAGUAGAGCUCAGACAACAGCAUCAGUAGUUCAUUGAGACAGAUAGCCCUUCAGUCGGGCUUUAAUUCCACAUUGCUCCUAUAUACAGCAUCUUUCGGUCAAGCUACAAUUCUCCAACGAGCUUUAAACUGAUAAAUGCAAACACUGAAAAAAGGAUGGAUAAGCGGAACGGCAAAUCCAUGAUACACACACCUUUUGUGCAUUUAUUUCCAUUGAUUAGGAACUAGGAUCUUCUCGUUUUGCAGCGCGGGACACAUAUCUUUUUCUGGAAAUAUGUGCAUGUGAGAUUAGUCGGAUAGUCCGACUCACGGACUCUGUUAGAGAACUGUCAGUUUUAGGUUGACUGUAGUUUGUAAGCAUGAGUGUGCAGUGGAUUCAUAAUCCGGUACCGGGAAGACACGGACACAAGCGCUUUGACACGGACGAGCCAGUGGCCAAAUGUCCCAGGCUCAGCGAGUCUUCGGCUGAUGCGGGUCUUUUGGGUUCCUCGCCGGGAUCUCCGGUCAGCGGAGCUCCUCUGAGCGUCACUCCAACCCACCAGGGUCCCACUCGCAUCGGGCAGCUCCUGCUGGUUCCCCUGACCGAUCGACCGGGGGUGCACAGCGCUUUAGACAUGGACACAGGAGAGGAACUGGUCUGCAAGGUGUUUGAUAUGAGCCAAUACCAGCAGAAGAUAAGCUCCUACAGCAUGCUGUCAAAGCACAAGAACAUUGCACAGAUCAAAGACAUAGUUCUUGGGGAGCGCAAAGCCUAUGUGUUCCAGGAGAAGGAUUUUGGCGACAUGCACACAUUUGUAAAAAGCAGCAAGAGGCUUCCUGAAGACCUGGCCUCCAAGCUUUUCUUCCAGGUGGCAUCCGCAGUGAACCACUGCCAUCAAGUUGGCAUUGUUUUGGGGGACCUCAAGCUUCGCAAGUUUGUGUUCUCAAAUGAGAAAAGGACCCAUUUGAUGUUAGAGGGUCUUGAGGACAGCCAUAUUCUGUCUGGUGAGGACGACUCGAUGUGCGACACGCACGGCUGCCCAGCAUACGUGAGUCCUGAGAUCUUGAAUGGUGGAGGGAGCUACUCAGGCAAGCAGGCUGACGCGUGGAGCCUCGGCGUUAUGCUGUACACAAUGCUGGUGGGCCGCUACCCUUUCCACGACCCGGACCCCGCUACUCUGUUCUCUAAGAUCCGCCGGGGCACAUACUGCCUCCCCGAGGGGCUGUCUUUAAGGGCACGCUGUCUACUUCGCAGUCUGCUCAGAAAGGACCCCAGCGAAAGACUCACCGCUGCAGAGGUGCUUAUUCACCCGUGGUUCAAUGGCAAAAUACAAGAUACAGGAAAUGCAGGAAAUGAAGUCAUCCUCAGAGAACAGACAGUGCCCCAGAUAGAAGUGGGGCAGGACGAGGAUCUUUUCUCCUGAGAAAACCAAUAUAGCUUGAAAAUGGACCAACACUGUUCAGCAUUCUCUUUGUGUUUUGUUUUCUGUUUUGUUUCAAAUGCAUUUUGUAUAGAUAAAGAAGUAUACACACAGUAAAAACUAGUGAUAGACCAAUAUGCUGUAUCGACAAGGCCGACUAAUCGGAUGAUAUUUAGCCAUUUUGAGAUUAUCGGCAUAGGCUGAUUAAAAUUCAAGUUUAAGGUAUGACUGCGUGUAAUUUAUUUUGUAGAACAAAACAUGCAAGUCUCUUCAAGUAAUGUAAAAGGGUUAGUUUACCCCAAAAUGAAAAUUCGGUUGGAAUGUCUUUCUUAGGGGCUGACAGCCUCAGUCACCAUUCAGUUUCAUUGUAUGUAACAAAGAUGCAGUGAAAGUGAAUGAUGACUGAGGCUGUCAUUCUCAUUUUACAUUCCAUGGAAGAAAGAACUAUUCCUUUAACUACACACCUAAAUAGAAAAAAAAAAAGAAAAAAAAACUAUUCUAAAAAUAGUUUAUCUAAUUUACUAUAAUUAAAUUACAAUUUUAUAUAUCUGCAUUAUUAUGGCUAUCGGCCAUAUAUAUCGACAUCAGCCAUUGAAACAAAUCCAUAUCGGUCAACUUCUAGUGAAUACUCACUCAAAGUACUGUAUCAUCUGUGUCAGGUUAAAGGACAGCGUGCAAAGCCAGUGUAUUUUGAAGUUGUUUGGUGCUAGUAACCAUUGUUGUGCUGUAUGAAGUGAAUGCUGAGUCUUGGCAUUACGGUUCACGUGAAAGCGAAUGUCACAUGGUGACUAACCUCAUCAAGAGGAAUCAGAACAUACAGUAUUAAUUACAAAGGAGGGGCAUUGACAGACAUGCGCCAGACCUGUGGCUUCACUCUUACUCUCAAAACCAGAAGUGUAUGUUGACUCACCCAUUGAAUAUUGUGGUACCAUAAGAUAUGAGGCGAAUGGAGACACACAGCCACACAUUUAUUCUCUCUAUACAUGCAUUCAUGCAAUAAGUUGUUCUAAAUCACUGAUACUGUGUGUCAAUCUGACUUGCGCUUUGCCAAACUGUACAGGAAAGGUGUUUAAAAGUGAAGUAAGACUCAUGGUACUGUAAGCUAUACUGAAAUACUUGCCCUGUGAGUCAUAGAUGUAAUGGUAAAAGCCAUAGAUUCUUAAAUUCUGCAUGAAUUUCAAAUAAACUCAGGCUUUCUAAAUG